AUUGAGUUUUAACAGCACAGUUUUAAAGCUGCAGCUAAAUUUAGUUUAUAAAUGCAAAUAAAAACGCAAAUGUUCAUUGUUCUGAACGUUUAUAAUGUUUGUAUUUUAUUGUUAUMACAAAAAGAAAUCAGUUACUGCCUUAAUGUAGUAAAAAUAAAACAGAUUUUUUUGUUAAUUCCUGACUUGUAGUGACUUAUAACUAACUCGUGACCAGGUCAGCUUGCUUUCUCUGACCUUUGGUUCACUUUCAGUCAAGGAUAGUUUAACUCAGACACGACUGUUGUUCUGCUCRGUAACAUAAACAUGGGAGCAUACACCAGAGAGAUCAUCAUUUUUUGGGGAAUUCUUAUUUUUUCACCUCAAAUAACAGGUCAAACAUGCAGAGGAAUGUGUGGACGUGUAUUAGAGCAGUGCUCCUGCCGUCCAACCUGUGUGUCCUUGCUGAACUGCUGCAGGGAUUACAACCAGUCCUGCUUCCAGGUGUCGCCUCACUCCAGCUCCAUGUUGGGUGGAAGAGCGCUCAGGAUCCUGGACUUGGAMCUUCCCUCCGACGGGCAGCUUCUCUGCAGGUUCAAAGAUGAACUUGAGCUGAAGGGGUUUAUAGAUGAAGAGGGUCAUGCAUGCUGCACCUCUCCUCUGCUGUUGGAGACAGGAUGGAUACGGUUUAAUAUCUCCACAGAUGGAGUUAAUUUUGACAGAUCAGGAGAAUACCUGUCAGUCCAUCCCGUCAAAGCAGACCCUGAUUUUGAAGUCACCCUGGUGAACGCAACACGGUGGAUCAACUACGGCACCCGGGGCCCAGCAGGGCAGCUCCAGCUGACCUGGAACAGCUCUUUAAUCAAAGCAGAGGGGGUCGACGUGGAGCUGUGGGGCUACAGAGAGCUCAGCGAGUCAGAGGCAGGGACGUCCGUCCCGCGGGCCCAGCUGAGCUUUCUCUACUCUCUGAGCAGGAAUCAGCCCAACUCGGGGGUCUUCAGCUUCACCCCUGAGCCCAAAGAGAACUUUUCUGAGUGGGAGCUGGGGAAUAUUCGCAUCACUGCUGUUUCGCAGUCACAGGGAGAACCGAACGCUCAGGGACUCUGGAGUAGAGCUCACCUCCUGGCAUGGCAGCAGCAGCAGGCUUACAGAGACGACCGCUCAGCCUGGGCUCAAAAUAAAUGUCUGCGGUGGGACGAGCGGGAGAGGAAGCUGCCGAACUUCCUGGACGAGCUCAUCGACUGUCCGUGCACGCUGGCGCAGGCCCGAGCAGAUACAGGACGGUUUCAGCCUGACUCCUCUUGUAACCAGAGUGGCAGUGUGUGUACCUACCAUCCUGGUUGUGUUCACUGUGUCAGAGCAGUUCAGGCCAGUCCCAGGCAUGGGUCGGGGCAGCAGUGUUGCUACGACGGCGCCGGCGCUCUGGUUCUGACAGGAGACUCAGCCGGCGGCAGCACCCCAGACAGGGCUCACGAAUGGGGGGCCCCUCCGUACGGAGAGCCCCCUCGGAUACCUGGGUAUUCCCACUGGCUUUACGAUGUCACGAGUUUUGUUCACUGCUGCUGGUGGUCUGACCUCUGCCACCUUUACUUCAAACAUCGACCUUCAAGCGGAUGUCGCAAAUACCGGCCGCCGAGCGCAGGUGCUGCUCUGGGAAACCUGCAUUUCCUCACCUUUGAUGGCCUCAGUUACACCUUCAGUGGUAAAGGAGAGUAUUACCUGGUGUCUACAGCAGACAGAGAGCUGAGUGUUCAGAUCAGAACAGAACAGGUGAAACUAAAGAACGGCACCUUGGUCAAAGCCACACAGCUGUCAGCGGUGGCCGUGAAGGACAACUCCUCUGACGUCGUCGAGGUUCGAAAUGCAGGCGGACAUCUUCAGGUGCUGAGGAACCAAAAGAUCCUACCGUUCACCGAGCAAACAUGGAUGAAUCUGCGAGGUGUUUUCGUGUUCGCCCCCGGCCCUCAGAACGUGACGGUGAUCUUGUCCUCUGGAGCUGCCGUGGAGCUUCGUCUGAAUGAAGGAACCAUGACGGCCACUGUCCUGCUGCCGGCUGAGUUUUCCAACCGAACCCGGGGUCUCCUGGGCUCCAUGAACUCUGAUCCAGUGGAUGACUUGACAACCUCGUUUGGACAGGUCGUACCCUCAGCUGACGCCACGCCGGAGGAAGUCUUUACCUUUGGAGCUGGAUGGAACAUUUCAAAGCCUUCUUCCCUUUUUACGUAUGACUCUGAAUACCUCCUGAAUUCCUACUUUGCCGCACCGAGCCACGAUCCCGCUUUUGUUCCUGUGUUUUCUCCGCCUGAGAAACCCGAUGACCCGCUGGUAGCAGACCUGCUGUCCGUGUGUUUGGGAGAGGGGGCUCCGUUCUGUAAACACGAUACUCUUGUUACUGGGAGCCUCGCGGUGGGGAAGGCCACACUCAGGGCCCACCAGAGUCACCGGGCUCUAAUGGAGGCCCUGGAGCCAGUGGUGUCCUGUGGCUGGAUUCCUACACCCAGGAAUGGGAAGAAGAACGGGACACGUUACCUGCAGGGAGACACCCUGAGCUUCACCUGCAGCCGAGGCUACGUCCUGUACGGGUCCACAGAGCGCACCUGUGAGGAGGGCGGGACCUGGACAGGACAGCAGACUCACUGUGUUACAGAUGAUAAAGUGGGGUUUGUACUGGGAGCUGUUGGGUCCCUCUCAGCUUUGAUCACCAUGGGAAUAAUGAUCAAACUGCACAACAGGAAACUGAACAGGAAAGUGGAGCCACAUGAGCUGGUGACCCAAGCACAGACUCGCUAAAACCUCCGUCACCUUGGAUUACGGAGCUGUGCUCCUCGACAUCAGAGGCUCGGCUGCAUCCCUCGAGGCGCUGUAAUCCACGGAGCAACCAACGCCCGUCAGGACCCGUUUUUUUUUUUUUUUUUUCAUUGGAGUUGGUUUUCUUUUUAUAAUGGAGCACGUCACUCUCCCAGGCCACAGAAAAGGCAGAUACUUCACUUUACUGCACCGCAGAGGAACGGAGCGCAGCAAAACAGACCCGAGAAGGUCAAUCCACCCCUACAGAUGUGCCGUGCCCAACACAGGAAGCCAUUAAAACGCAAAUCAAUCACUGUGGAAACAGGAGGAGGGCGGGGCAUGGCAAGCUUGUGAAAGGGCCCGCUGCCAGCACAGUGACAUGUACCAAAUAUAAAUUCAUCGCAGCCGCUUGGAAACUUGUGUUUUUUGUAAACACAAGAAGUCGGCGAAAGUGAUUUCCUGAUUUGGAGGGACUCGGAUGCAAAUUUAAAUUUAAAAAAGAAGUUGGCAUUCGCAUUUUGUUUGCCUGAAGGGGAAAUAUUUUUCAAAGCUCAUUCUCAUCCGUAGAAAUCAUUUUAGUGGUGAUAAUCCACGAAUAUUCCGCUCCGGCUUCUCAGCUCAAAUGAAUGCAAACUACUUUCACAGUAUAUUUCUUUAUUUUCCUUCUCAUGAAUAAAGAUGUGCAGCUCGAUAUCCAUGCACAGAAGCCGAACUCUGAAUAAAUUCAGCUCAUCUCUGCCGCGACCAGAUUUAUUUCUCUCUGUUUAUCUUUUUCUCUCAGGUUCAAAGACAUCCUGCAAAUGUUGAGAUUUGUUUUUUUUUUUAUCGCCUUUGAUUAGAUCCUUUUUUUCAAUCAGCCACAUGGUUUACUGUUUGGUCCUGAAACCAAUUGUUUAUUUGAGUUUUUUUAAAAAUCCAGUUCAGUGCAAAAAUGUAAAAAUUGUCUGAAAAAUAUCUAAAAACAGCUGAUGUUUGACAACAGCUGCACUGAAAGUGAGAUAAAGGUUCAAAAAUACAAAAGAUAAGCAGUUAUUAUGUGUUCUGUAUGGAUUUGCAUCUAAAUCAGAGCUAUUCAACUGGUGGCCCACGGGCCACAUCUGGCCCAUGGGUAUUUCCAUCUGGCCCGCCCAAAAAAAUUUUUUCUUUUACUUAAUUUAAUAUAAAAGUAGAUUUCAAAUCAUUUGUAAAUGUAAAAUUUGUGUUUGAAUGCAACAAAAUUAAUUUAAAACGUAAAAGACAUUUCUCGUUUUGUUACAUGCUGCAGUGUUUCACCUAACAUUACCGGGUACCCACCCCACUGAAUA